CGCGCCCCGCAGCCCGCCGCUGCUGCUCAGCCUCUUGGUCUUCAGUUUUGCUGGUGAAGCCUGUAAAAAUGUGAUGUUCAAUGUGCCUUCUAAACUCGAGGCAGACAAGCUCAUCGGCAGAGUUAAUUGGAAAGCAUGCCUCAGGUCCGCAGACCUCGUCCAGUCACGGGACCCUGACUUCAGAGUUCUCCGGGAUGGGUCCGUGUACAGCACCAGGGCUGUGGUGCUGCCCGAGGGGAAAAGAGCAUUCACUGUCUGGCUUUCUGAUAUGGAGACAGAGAUGCAGAAGGAGCUAACUGUGGUCCUGGAACAUCAGAAGAAGAUACUGAAGAAAAGGUCUACUAAAGAAGCUGUUCUCAGGAGAUCCAAGAGGAGAUGGGCACCUAUUCCUUGUUCAAUGCAAGAGAAUUCCUUGGGCCCCUUUCCCUUGUUUCUUCAACAAGUGCAGUCUGAUGCAGCCCAGAACUAUACCGUCUUCUACUCGCUAAGUGGACGUGGUGUUGACCAAGAACCUUUAAAUUUGUUUUUCAUAGAAAGAGACACUGGAAAUCUGUAUUGUACCCGGCCAGUGGAUCGUGAGGAAUAUGAUGUGUUUGAUUUGAUUGCCUAUGCGUCCACGGCUGACGGGUAUUCAGCAGAUACACCUCUUCCACUGCCCAUCAAAGUAGAAGAUGAAAAUGACAACCAUCCCGUUUUCACAGAAACAAUUUAUAACUUUGAAGUUCCAGAAAGUAGUAGACUUGGAACUUCAGUGGGUGUGGUUUGUGCCACCGACAAGGAUGAGCCGGACACGAUGCACACGCGCUUGAAGUACAGCAUUGUGGAGCAGACACCGAGGUCUCCCGGGCUCUUUUCUGUGCAUCCCAGCACAGGCGUCAUCACUACGGUCUCUCACUACCUGGACAGAGAGGUUGUCGAUAGAUACACGUUGAUAAUGAGAGUCCAAGACAUGGAUGGUCAGUUUUUUGGCUUGGUGGCGACGUCAACUUGCAUUAUAACAGUAAAAGAUUCAAAUGACAAUGCACCAACAUUCAGACAAAAUGCUUAUGAGACAUCAGUGGAGGAAAAUACAUAUAAUGUGGAAAUCUUACGUAUUCCUAUAGAAGAUAAAGAUUUAAUGAACACUGCCAACUGGAGGGCCAAUUUUACUAUUUUAAAGGGAAAUGAAAAUGGAUAUUUCAAAAUUAGUACAGACCAAACAACUAAUGAAGGUAUUCUGUGUGUUGUGAAGCCACUGAACUUUGAAGAAAAUCGUCAGGUGGUCCUAGAAAUUGGAGUGAACAACGAAGCUCCAUUUACUAGAGAAGUAACCAGAGUGACAUCGAUGAACCGAGCCUUGGUUACUGUCUAUGUGAGGGACCAGGACGAGGGCCCUGAGUGUAACCCUGCAGCCCAAUAUGUGCGGAUUAAGGAAAACUCGGCGGUGGGGUCAAAGAUCAAUGGCUAUAAGGCAUAUGACCCUGAAAGUAAAAACAGCAAUGGCCUAAGAUACAAAAAAUUACAUGACCCUAAAGAGUGGAUCAAAAUCGAUGAAACUUCAGGUUCAGUCACACUUUCCAAAAUUCUGGACAGAGAGACUGCAGCUCCCCAGAAUGAGUUAUACAAUGUCACAGUCCUGGUAAUAGACAAAGACAGUAGAUCGUGUACUGGGACACUUGCAGUGACCAUUGAAGAUGUCAAUGACAAUGCACCAGAAAUACUCCAGGAUUAUGUUGUCAUUUGCAAACAAAAGAUGGCAUAUACUGACAUUUCAGCUCUGGACCCCGACGACCCCGUCUAUGGAGCACCAUUUCACUUCAGCUUGGCAAACCCGUCUGCGGAAGUCAGCAGAAUAUGGACCCUCAGCAAAGUUAAUGAUACAGCUGCUCGUCUGGCUUAUCAGAAAAAUGCCCAACUUCAAGAAUAUAUGGUUCCUGUUACUGUGAAAGAUAGAGGUGGCCAAUCCUCAACCAAAGUGCUGCGGGUCAACCUGUGUGACUGUAGUCACCCGAGUCAGUGUGUCUCCUCUGCACGGCGCUCAGGAGUGGUGCUGGGCAAAUGGGCCAUCCUUGCCAUCUUACUGGGCAUAGCCCUGCUGCUUUCUGUGUUGCUAACUUUAGUAUGUGGAGUUGUCAAUACCAGAAAAGGGAAACAAUUUCCUGAAGAUUUAGCGCAGCAGAACUUAAUUAUCUCAAAUACAGAAGCACCUGGAGAUGAUAGAGUGUGUUCCGCCAAUGGCUUCACCGCCCAGACUGCCAACAACUGUAGCCAGCGGUUUGGUGGCACAAUGGGCUCGGGAAUCAGAAACGGCGGGCAGGAGACCAUAGAAAUGGUGAAGGGAGGGCAGCAGACCUUGGAUUCCUACCGCUGUGCCGGGCACCACCACACCCUGGACCCCUGCAGGGGCGGACACGUGGAGACGGAGAACUCUCGGUACACGUACUCCGAGUGGCACAAUUUCACCCAGCCCCGACUUGGUGAAGAAUCCAUUAGAGGACACACUGGUUAA